AGAGCGAGCUCGUGUGUGAUGUGUUUGUGGAUCCUCAGUGUUUUUCUCUCUUGAGUGUUUUAUUGAGUGUAAACAGAGUCGUGUCUCUGUGUAUUUUAGUGUUUAUGAUGAGAGAUGAGAUGUGCUGUAAAUCAGUAGGAACUGAUCUGUCCAUGCUGGAUAUUGAUGAUUUCAUCACAGAAAUCUCUCAGCUGAAGAAAGAGUUGGCGUUACUGGAGACAAAGCUGAGAUCAAGAGGAGAUGAAGGACUGAAGAGAGAGGACUCCGAGCUCAGUCUGACUUUACUCUGUUAUACUGAGUCAAAGCCCACAGACGCUCAGGACACUACAGUGUGUGACAGUAAACGGAGCUUACAGGAGGAUCAAACCUCCACAGAGUCUCUGGAUUCUGUCUGUAACGCUGGAGAACAGCAGCAGAUCCUGCAGACCACACUGAAGAUGUGUUCAGUCAAACUCAUCGACUGCAGGAGCCUCAUGAUGAAGCUCAAAACUGAACCGACAGAAAUUAAAACUGAACCCACACCUGAUGAAUAUGAAGACGACAAUCCUAAUGAUGAUCAUUAUUUUAUUCUGUCAGAUGUGAGGAGUGAAUUAUGUUUGGAUGGAGAAAUAACAUCCUUGUCUCGUUCCUGCAUCACUAGUGGAGAGACAUUGAGCUCACAGAGACCUUUAGAGAGACAACACACAGAACAUGAACAUCAUCUGAAGAAACACACCAAUAAGAAACCAUAUCAGUGCAGUGAAUGUGGAAAAACCUUCAGGGAUUUAUUCUCUUUAAAGUCACACCAAACACUACACACUGCAGAGAAACCCUAUCAAUGCUCAUACUGUGAUGAACGUUUCAGUCAUAAAUCUAGUCUUACAAUCCAUGAGAGAGUUCACACUGGAGAGAAACCUCAUUACUGUGAUGUUUGUGGAAAGAGUUUUAGACAACAUCAAAAUUUAGUGUCACACCAGAGAACUCAUACAGGUGAAAAACCUUACAAAUGCUCUCAGUGUGAGAAGGCAUUUACUCAUUCACCUUCUUUAAAACACCAUCAGAGAGUUCACACUGGAGAGAAACCUUAUCACUGUAAUGUUUGUGGGAAGAGUUUUAGUCAACAGGGUACCUUACUAAAUCACCAGAGAAUUCAUACAGGUGAAAAACCUUACAAAUGCUCUCACUGUGAGAAGACAUUUACUCAUUCAGCUUCCUUAAAAGUCCAUGAGAGACUUCACACUGGAGAGAAACCUUAUCAUUGUAGUGUUUGUGGGAAGAGUUUUCAUCAACGUAGCAGUUUGAUGUCACAUCAGAGAAUUCAUACAGGUGAAAAACCUUACAAAUGCUCUCAGUGUGAGAAGACGUUUGCUCAGUUAGCUAACUUAAAAGCCCAUGAGAGAGUUCACACUGGAGAGAAACCUUACGUAUGCUCUCACUGUGGAAAGAGCUUCACUUCUCAUAGCUCUUUUAGAGUUCAUCUGAGACUUCACACUGGAGAGAAACCUGGGAAGAGAUUUAAUAAACGUGAAGAUUUAGUGAUACACCAGAGAACUCAUACAAGAGAAAGACUUUACAAAUGCUCUCAGUGCGAGAAGACGUUUGCUCGACGAGAUUUUCUGAAUACCCAUCUGAGAGUUCACACUGGAGAGAAACCUUACAUCUGCUUGAUCUGUGGAAAGAGAUUUGUUUAUUCUACAAGUUUUCAGCAUCAUCAGAAGAAACAUACUGAAGAACAAACUACACUGAGAUCAUCAUAGUGCCUUCUCACAUGCUGGAUUAGAGAUGCUCAAAACUCACUUAUAGGUUAGCUUCUUUAAACAAAGUGUACAAUUGUGUAACCACGCAUAUUUGGUAUUGUCGUGAUGGUCUCAGUGCAACUGGUAAAAGAGUCUCAUUCCUUUAAGUUUGGGAAAAUCCACCAUUGACCUAGGAAUUGGGUUAGAAAGUGGAGAUAAAGUCCACCCAGUUCUCCCACACAAAUGACCUUCUGUAUUUAAAUGAAACCCAGAUAGCAUGCAACCAUUGAAACAAUGUUAAAAACAGUUGAUUUGUCAAUGUUAAUUGCAUUUCAAUAAACCAUUAUGGUGAUCAGUUA